GACGUCACAAACAGAACGAAAAAGCAGCUAGCAGCAGCAGUUUAUUUUUGCACAAAGAAGCCACAACACAGAAAAAUUGGGAGCGGGCGUUUGAGUGUCGCGUCCAAAAGUGCUUUACUGGUGGGAAAUUGCUACCGAUUAGUGCUCCGCAUCAUCCAAUAAUCUGCGGAAAAGUGUGCAAACCAUUUCGGCCAAUUGUUGCUCCGAUCGGACCAUUCACCAAAACGACACCCAAAUGAGCUCUUUUUUUGAUUUAUUCGAUCCGACGGCUUCCACGUCGGACCACGAUCUCAAUGGCAAUAGCAGCAACAGCAACGAUGAUGACGAGGAGGACAUGUUUCUGUCGUACGACGAAAUGCUCAGCAAAAAUACCAACAGUCAAAAGCGGUCAGUGGCGAUCCCUCCGCGGUUACAAAACCAUCAGCCCUUCGUUCAGCAUCAAUACUCGCCGUGCACAGCCAUGAUCGACUUCGAUCUCGAUAUCCUUCCACCGGAACCACAACUGGGUAACAUCGAGUACAAACUGAAGCUAAUCAAUCCAUCCAAGCAGCGGUUCGAGCAUCUGGUCACGCAAAUGAAGUGGCGGCUACGCGAGGGAAACGGCGAAGCCAUCUACGAGAUUGGAGUUUCCGAUUCCGGACAGUUGCACGGACUCAGCGAUGCAGACAUGAACUGUUCGUUGCACACCCUGAACCAAAUGGCUCGCAAACUGGAUGCCUCGACGUCGGUUCUCCGACGGAAAACUCUAACCGCUGGACGAUCGGUUGUUGAGGUGUUGGUCCGAAAGAUCCCCGACGAUCAGCACAACAUUGAAGUGCGGGUCGCCGUCCUUGGUGGAGCUGAUGCCGGCAAAUCUACUCUCCUUGGGGUGCUGACGCAGGGCGAAUUCGACAAUGGCCGGGGACGAGCACGGCUUAAUAUGUUCCGACACAUGCACGAGAUUCAAACUGGGCGUACGUCAUGUAUUUCCCACGAAACUUUGGGGUUUGAUCAGCAGGGUAAUGUAAUUAACUACAAGUACAAUGAAAUGAUGACGGCUGAGGAGAUCAGCGACCGUUCGACAAAGCUGGUGACAUUCAUGGACUUAGCUGGUCACCGGCGCUACUUGAAAACGACAGUACAAGCGCUCUCCGGAUAUUUGCCACAUCAUGCUCUCAUCGUGGUCGGUUCUGGAAGCACCAUUAGCAACAUGACCAAAGAGCAUCUUGCCAUUGUCCAUGCCCUCGAUAUGUCCUUCUCGAUUGUAGUGACAAAGUGCGAUUUAAUCCCACCAGACGAUGUAUUGUUUGAGCUGAAGAACCUUUUAACUGCUGUUGGAUAUCGGAAAGUGCCAUAUCAGGUUACGAACGAAGACGACGUGCUGAACGCGAACGCACAUCAGAACGUCGAGCAAAUUGUCCCCAUUUUCUGUGUUUCGAAUGUGACUGGCGAUGGGCUGGACCUGUUGACCAAAUACCUUUACGUCCUGUCCCCGGGCAUCAGCAACUCGGAGAAGGAACGACUCGAGCAAGAGCCGGUCGAAUUUCAGAUUGACGAAAUAUUCAAGGUGGCCGAGGUUGGCCUGGUGGUCGGCGGGUUGCUGUGCAAAGGCGUCAUCACCGAAAACAUCCAGGUGCGAAUCGGGCCCCAGAUGGACGGGACCUUUAUGCCGGUCACGGUGCAAACCAUUCACCGCAACAAGGCGCCAUGUCGGGUGGUGCGAGCCGGACAGAGUGCUUCGCUUUCAUUCUACCCGGGCGACGAUAUACCACCUCUGCGACGAGGCAUGGUAAUACUGCCGGACUAUGAGGAGGAAGACAUCGCUUACGGGUCGUACUUUUUCCAGGCUCGUAUAUCGGUUCUGUUCCACGCGACCAGGAUUUACAAAGGCUUCCAAACGACGAUGCACAUCGGAAGCAUCCGACAGACGGCCGUCAUCGUGGGAAUCAUGGAGCAAACGGACGGUAUCCGCACGAAUCAGACGGCGUCGGUGAUGUUCCGGUUCGUGCGGCAUCCGGAGUACGUGCGGCCGGGCAUGAGAGUGUUGUUCCGCGAGGGCACCAGCAAGGGAAUCGGAAAAGUAACGCAAGUAUUUCCGCUUAAUCAGAAAGUGAAUUAAACCGUAUUUUUGAUUGUGUACGUUCCGAGGAACGUACCAUACUUUGGAAAGUCAAAACUAGUUAUAUAUUUUUAAAAAUGACUUAAAACUAUGUAAAUAACAGCAGAAACAUUAAAACUGUGAUUUCUUAA